AUGGCCGACGGCUUCAUUGCCCAAGCACAGCAACAGACUCCCAGCUACUGGGAGGCGGCCUCCAACGCAAGCUUUGAAGCCAUGUGGGAGCAGUUCUGGGCCAAACUAGCACACAAGCACCGGCUACCUCAGCCACCAAACGCUGGGAAGCAGUCCAGACUACCUACGGCACGACAACCAGCCAGGGCCAUACAUCCUGGACAACCCACGACCGGGACCAAAAAACAGGUAACAUACCUGCAACAAGCCACUGCAUCUGAGAGACACGCACACCCACUACUGCCCAUGGGAGCCCUGGCAAGCAAAGAGACCUCGGCAACACCUCCGCGAGGGGGAAAAGCAGGAGAGGCAGGCCCCAGCAGGCUCGCUGCAUUGGUACCCUAA